AUGGAGGCCAAGGAUGACUUCUGGGCCUCUUUGGGCUCGCCGGUAUACGUUGCGGCGCCUAUGGUAAACCAAAGCGAGCUGCCUUUUAGGCUCCUAUGCCGGCGUUACAACACCCAACUGGCAUACACUCCCAUGCUGCACGGCCGCAUAUUCGGGGAGAGUGAGAAAUAUCGCGCGUUGCACUUCCAAACGACGCCAGAGGACUCUCCACUUAUCGCACAGCUUUGCGGGGAUGAUGCAGCGGCUCUGUCAACUGCCGCUGCGCACCUUAAGGGGAAGGUGGCAGCGGUGGACAUCAACCUGGGUUGCCCGCAGGGCAUCGCCAAAGACGGGCACUACGGAGCGUACCUGCUUGAUGAACCGGAUCUUGUUACGGGUAUCGUAAGCAGGAUCACUCAGGAGGUGGGGAUCCCGGUCACGUGCAAGAUACGCAAGAUUGAGAAGAAUUCGCUGCAGUCCACUCUAAACUUCUGCUACAGCCUCGAGCAAAGUGGUUGCCGUGCGCUGACAGUUCACGGCAGGCACCGGUCGGAGAAGGGACAGCAGAUACGGGAGGCAGACUGGGACGCUAUUCGUAUCGUGAAGUCACGCGUGAGGAUACCGGUUAUCGCAAAUGGAGGUAUCGAAACCUUCGAUGACGUUCGUCGAUGUCUCGACCACACCGGGUAUGCCGCUGUGCUUGCUCUAUUAAACGUGCACAGGGCCGACGCCGUGAUGUCGUCCGAAGCGCUUCUAGAGAGGCCAUACCUCUUUUCUGGCCGCACGUAUGACCACAUCAACAUCAUGCAGGAAUACCUCGACCUGGUCCGGCAGUACCCGAACCACCCGCCCUGCUGCAUUCGCGGACACGCCUUCAAACUUCUGCACCAACACUGCCAGCGCCAUCACGAGAUACGUGACCUGCUGUCAGCUGCGCUGAGCGUUGACGAAUUCGAGCGUGCGUUGGGUGAACUGCAGCGACUGGUCAACCCCGCCUGGAGCUACACACACCCAAGUGAAUCGUGGUACCGGCGGCACCGGAACCCCGUGGACAACGCGCCGAAAGCAAUGCCACCUGCUAACUACGAAGCUUCUCUGGGUGAAGGCCUCGCAGGCCUCUUCGACUUUUAA